AUGCAGUCGCUCAACGUCACCCCGGAGCAGUUCUCCCGGCUGCUGCGGGACCACAGCCCGGCACGGGAGCAGUUCAUCGCGCUGUACGGGCUGCGGCCGCUGGUCUACAGGCCGCAGCUGCCUGGGCGCGCCAAGCUGGCCCUCGUGCUCACCGGCGUGCUCAUCUUCGCCCUGGCGCGCUUUGGCAACGCGCUGGUGGUCCACGUGGUGACCCGCAGCGAGGCCGUGCGCGCCGUCACCAGCCUCUUCGCCUGCUCCUUGGCGCUCAGCGACCUGCCCAUCGCCUCCUGCAUCCGGGUCACUAUGCUCGAGAACAUCUUCAACAACUGGCUGGGAGGUGCCUUCAGUUGCAAGAUGGUGCCAUUUGUCCAGUCCACUGCUGUUGUGACAGAAAUCCUCACGAUGACCUGCAUUGCUGUGGAGCGGCACCGGGGACUUCUGCAUCCUUUUAAAAUCAAGUGGCAGUACACCAGCCGAAGGGCUUUCCCGAUGCUGGGUAUGGCCUGGCUGGUGGCCGUCAUCCCCAUGUGGCAUGUGCGACGACUUGAGAUUAAGUCUAACUUCUUAUAGGAAAAAGAACACCUCUGCUGCCUGGAAGAGCGGACCAGCCCUGGCCACCAGAAAAUCUAUACUACUUUCCUCCUUGUCACCCUCUUUCUCCUGCCUCUUAUGGUGAUGCUUAUCCUGUACAGUAAGAUCGGCUAUGAACUUUGGAUAAAGAAAAGAGUGGAGGAUGGCUCAGUGCUUCAAACUAUUCAUGGAAAAGAAAUGUCAAAAAUUGCCAGAAGAAAGUGAGCUGUUGUUGGGAUGGUGGCAGUGGGGGCUCUCUUUGCUGUGUGCUGGGCACCUUUCCACGUUGUUCACAUGAUGACUGAAUACAGCAAUUUUGAAAAGGAAUAUGAUAAGGUUACAGUCAAGAUGAUUUUUGCUGUAGUUCAAAUACUUGGAUUUUCCAAUUCCAUCUGUAAUCCAAUUGUUUAUGCACUUAUGAAUGAAAACUUCAGAAAGACUUUUUUAUCUGCGGUUUAUUAUUGCAUAGUAAAAGAAACCUCUUCCCCAGCACAAAGGCACGGAAAUUCAGCAAUUACGAUGAUGCAGAAGAAAGCAAAGUUUUCCCAGAAAGAGAACCCAGUAGAGGAGACCAAAGGAGAAGCAUUCAGAGAUGGCAACAUUGAAGAAUUGUGUGAACAACCCGAGCAGAAAAAACAUCUCAAACGACAUCUUGCCCUCUUUGAUUCUGAACUUUCUGAGAUUUCUGCUUUAGGCAGUGGGCAUUAAUUAUAACAAUGUCUUCACAAUUAAUGCCAUUCAUGGCUUAAUCUGAAGAGAAACUUAUUUUGAGCAAAGGUCAAAGACUUGUUAUUUAUCUAGCAGUUUUUCCGCCAUGCAGUCAGUGUAAUGUGGCUUUCUAUUUAUUGCUAAGAUGGAUGAGAAAAUAGCUUAACAAUUAUAUCGUUUUUCUGGAGUAAGUUUAAUAGUUGAACACUAUAGUGUCAUUUUUAGUGUACCGUUGAAGCUUGGUGAUAUGUGUCUUGCAAAAGAGGUCUCUCCAAUAAAGUCACAGGCAUUGGAGAAGGAGCAAAAUGACAGAUGGCUGAGAUUUAGAGGCAGAUGCCUGGGUUUCAGCUUCUUACCCAUCACCGUGGCUGUGUUGAUUGACAAGUCACUUAACCUCCUUAUGCCUCGUUUCCUUCCUGUGUGAACUGGGGUGGUAUCUCCUACUUCACGAAGCUGCUGCCAGAGCAAAAUGAGACAGGAGUGGGAAAGCACUCUGUACGCCAAAGCACCCCAAGUUCGGGAGCAUUUUUGUAGUUCUUCAUGUCUCAGCACCCACCCUCUUUCUGUUCCCUUUUCCUUUCUGAGACUUGUCCUCAGCCCUGUUCAACUUUCCCCUUGUGCCUAUUUUGUAACUGCUUUCUCUAAUCAAAAGAGGAACGUUUCUGGGAUCCUCAUUUAUAAGCUGACUAGAAUAUAUUUAGGCCAAUCUAACUAUAUCAAAUAUUUAUAUUUUUAAGCCUUUUAUUUUCACUGGUGGGAUGAAAGACUUUUACUUUGUUAUGUAAAAGGGCUUUUAGGUGUGGUCAGUGAGAGAGAAUCAACUCCAAGCCCGUGAAAUUUUAUCAUGCCCCAAACUGACCCCCCAAGAGCUCUGGGUCAGGAAGAACCAUAACGUUGCU